AUGUCUUACUAUCAGCCACCGAAGCCGGAUGACGACGGACUCGCUUAUGGCGAAGAUUACACCCAAUCUAGGGGGCCUUCAGGUACCGGUCAAGGGCAAGGGCAAGGGCAAGGUGACCGUUCUUUAGUCGGGGACACUUUCCGCAAAUUCAAGUCCGAGUAUGAUAAGUUCAAGACUCCGCCUGCUCAGAAUUUCGGCUAUACUGGAUCUUCUUCUUCCAACCAGGGAUAUUAUGGUCAGCAAGGUCCCAACACCGGCUAUCCUCAGACUGGUACAUCUCCCUAUCCAGGAGGUCCUCCAACUCAACCUCCCCAACAGACGCCCGAUCUAGCUGGCAAGCUAUUAGGGACUCUCCAUUCUACCUUUCACAAUAUUGGGUCUGACGUGGCUAACUUGCUUGGUCCUGACAAUCGUCCUCCAAGCCAAUACUCCAACAAGCCACCGGGCCAAAGUGGCUAUUCUGGUUAUUCGAACGCCCCAGCUUCCCCAAACUACCCAGUAGGCAAUAGUCGAUUUCAAAGCUUCGCGCCGGAACGUCCUGGCAACGAUGUCAAAUGGUAUGUCGAUGGUUGUGGAUACUUCUGGGCUGUAAGCCAAGCUCUAGAAGCUGCCAGAGAAUCGAUCUGGAUCCUCGAUUGGUGGUUGACUCCUGAAUUGUAUCUCCGCCGUCCUCCCUCUCAAAACGAACAAUGGAGACUCGACAGGACUCUGCAGAGAGCGGCUCAGCGUGGCGUCAAGGUCAAUAUCAUUGUUUACAAAGAAGUCACACAAGCACUGAGUAGGUGGAUUUCCCCUCCCAUUCUCGAUUAUCUCCACUCUCAACUUCCCCAGUCAACAAAUGCUCUUACUUCUUUCCUAGUGGCUCUGGGUCUUAGGUCAACAUCAACUUCAUUGGAAUCUGCAGAGAGAGAAUACCCACUAAUCCUUCCUCCUUUAGCCCUGUCCUCCGCGCAUACUAAACAUGAACUUGAGAAACUUUCACCAAAUAUCGCGGUAUUUCGACACCCAGACCAUCUUCCCGAUGCACAAACUGCACACUCCUCCUUGAUAUCUUCCUUCCAAAACCUCAAGCUUGACGCGGCCGGUGCCUCUAAGCUUGGUUCAGAUGCGUUGAAAGGCAUUUACGGGUUGAACGAUGAUGUCAUCCUCUACUGGGCCCAUCAUGAAAAGUUAUGUUUGAUUGAUGGCAGAAUUGCCUUCAUGGGUGGGCUUGACCUCUGUUUUGGCAGAUGGGAUACCAACCAGCAUGCCAUUGCCGAUGCGCACCCGUCGAACAUUAAUGAGAUAGUCUUUCCUGGCCAGGACUUCAAUAAUGCAAGGGUCAUGGACUUCAGCGAUGUUGCGAAUCCCUUCCAGAACAAACUUGACAGAACAAAAAGUUCUAGAAUGGGAUGGUCCGACAUUGCGUUGAGCUUACAAGGAUCUUGUGUUCAAGAUCUCCGCCAUCACUUCACCGAUCGAUGGAAUUUCAUCUAUGAUGAGAAAUACAACGUUCGGAGGGAUGUUAGGUACUCUAGGAUCAAUGACGACUUUACGCAUCCGUCAUCAGGAAUAGGUCAACGACCCCAGUCUCGCCCGCAAUCCUCGCAACCCUCUCAACCCAGCGGAUCUUUCCCUCCGCCUCCGGGAAGUCAACCCUACGCCCAACCUGCUUGGCAAAGCACGAACAGACCACACACACCAAGUAACCCUGAGCAGUAUCAACACCAAUCAGCUACAAUUCCGGGCCAAAUCGGUGGACAACCAAGCCAGUACUUACAAGGAACUCAGCCACAAUAUGGACAGCCUCCGAGUCCUUCAUUCCAACCCACCCAGACACAAAGUCCUGGAAGUCAGAUCAACUACAAUCAGUCUCAGAACCAGCCUUAUCAGCAGAAUUUCCCUCCACCACCGCCUGGACCUCCUCCCCAGUCGCACCUUGACCAGACAUACUCGGCCCAUCAGCCGUCAACUGGCCCCCAGGAUCAAUACUCUGCAUAUGGUCAAACACCAACAGGCGCGCCUGGCCAACAAUCGCCCGGGCAAACCUACCAACAUCCAUCUUAUCAAGGCACUGGAGAACAAACUAGAGCAAUUGAUGAUUAUGGCCGCGGUGACGAAAAUGAGCGAGCCCUUCCUAGCGACAGGGGUCUGCGAGGAAGAUUUGAUCAGUAUCGCGAAGAGGGGAGGCGUCUUGGUCAGGAGCUCUCUGCGAUUGGAAACGUUGCUGGACAAAAGUUCCAACAGUACCAAGGUAAAUAUACUGGCACGACGGAUCAUUACGGACGUCCUCAAAGCCAACCACGAGGUCCAAUGUCCUGCCAAAUUCUGCGAAGCAGUACAAAGUGGAGCAACGGUACUCCUCUGGAGCACUCCAUUCAAAACGCUUACAUAGAUGUGAUCCGAAAUAGCCAGCACUUUGUCUACAUUGAGAAUCAGUUCUUCAUCACCGCUACCGGCGAUCAGCAAAAACCUGUCAAGAACUUGAUCGGCCAGGCCAUUGUCGAAAGAAUUUUGAGAGCAGCAAGGAAUGGUGAGAGGUACAAGAUAAUCGUUGUCAUUCCAGCCGUUCCUGCGUUUGCCGGUGACCUUCGCGAGGAUGGCUCCCUCGGAACCCGUGCUAUUAUGGAAUUUCAGUACUUUUCAAUCAACCGAGGUGGGCAUUCUAUCAUGGAAAAAAUUGCGCAAGCAGGGUACAACCCGUUGGAUUACAUUCGAUUUUACAAUCUACGGAGCUAUGACCGGAUCAAUCGCGACAAGACCAUGCAACAAGUUGAACAACAGAGCGGCGUCCCUUAUGAGGACGCGCGGAAGCAACAUGAUGAUAGAGUUGGUGCCGGAUACGGUCCUUACGGAGAGGGAACUGGUGUUUCACAGCCAGGUCAGGCACCCCAAUACCAGCAAUAUCAAGCUGUUGCACAGACCAUUCCUGGAAGUGGACGGUGGGAUAGUGUAUCAGAGUGUUACAUGCUCGGAGGACAGGACAUUCAAUCAGUGCCGUGGGAUGGUCCACCUGAGGCCGAGUUGAAUUCAUUCGUCAGUGAGGAAUUAUACAUUCACUCGAAGACAUUAAUUGCAGAUGAUCGCAUUGUCAUAUGUGGAUCUGCCAAUCUCAACGAUCGUAGCCAACUUGGUUCUCAUGAUAGUGAGAUAGCGAUCUUGAUCAAUGACCCCACACCACAACAAUCCUCCAUGGCUGGUCAACCAUGGCAAGCAAGCCGUUUCGCAGCAUCACUAAGAAGGCAGCUCUUCCGAAAGCAUUUGGGUCUGGUCCGCCCGCAGGACAUCCGGCGUCCUGAUGCGAAUUAUGAACCUGUCGGUGUUCCCAAUGCGUACGAUUGGGGUACCCCAGAGGAUCAUAUUGUGUCAGAUCCGCUCUCUGAUGCAUUCCAGAGUCUUUGGAACACUCGAGCAAGGACAAAUACACAGGUUUUUCGGAAGGCAUUCCGAGCCGUACCAGAUGAUGAAAUUCAUUCAUGGGACGAGUACAAGGAGUUUUACGAGUACUUCUUCCGGAAUGCCGAUGCACAGGCCGGGGAUAAAGAUAAGGGCAGACUGCCACCAAGGGUUGAGUAUGGUCACGUGGUGCCUGCAGACUUUCCAGGCGGAGUUCAAGAGCUCAAAGCCCUGCUCAGUCAAGUGAAAGGCACAUUGGUUGAGAUGCCGCUGUGCUUCUUGCAAAAUGAAGACAUCGCCAAAGAAGGGUUGUCAUUGAAUGCACUGACAGAGGAGCUCUACACUUGA